UGGCAACGAUUCCCUGGUGUUUGGUGCAUUAAGUCACACCCAGCUGUGUGGGAUGGCAGAGUCAGGUGGGCCCUUUAUUGAACAGAUUUAUCUGCUACAAGGCUACGCAGAAGGAUGGAAAGGAGGAACACAGGGGGAAAAAAAAAUAGAUGAAAGGCCAUGCAUUGAUCACCUGAUGUACUCCAGAGACAAACAUGGCUAUUACAGGGGCUGGUUCUGGGGUAACAAGGAAACACAAGGCCUAAACACCUCUGGCUUGUCUGUCCAAGGAUCUGCCUCAAUUGUGGCUCCCAUCCUUCUGAAGAACUCUUCAGCACAGUUCAGAAAAGUCACCUGUCCAUUUGACCAGACUGUCUGCCUCUGAACACACGAGAUCCAGUGAACAGAGAAGUCAUCACACAGCCUUGGUACUCCAGACUUGGAUCAGAAGUGGACCUGUCAGGACACAGUUGUGUCUGAACAAUACACAGACAGUUGCCAACAGAAAUUUUAUGUUGUUAUUAUGAUGUGGUGUUUCUAUUAAUUUUUCAGUUGUCCUUUGUUUUAAGAUUUAGAAGGGUUUGAGGAACAACUUGAACAUCGAAGCCCUCAGUCACCGAUCAGCUGCCAGCUGACAUCACGGGAGCAGUGAACAUUCCAGGACUGAAUCGUGUUGGAGAAAUUCUGUAGAAGAUUUGGGAAGUGUAGAGACUCCAUCUAACUAUAUAUAAAGUAAAUUGUAAUUGUGUGUUUAUCCUUUUAACAAAUUGCUUUCACGCUUAGACUACAUAUAUACCAGAACA